AUGUCCUUGGCUCUGUCUGCUGCAGGUGAGGUAAGAAGAGGGACACUGAGGGCUUCUUGCUGGGUCACAGAGGCUGUUGGGGGUGUUGGGGCCUGCUUUUCUCCAUCAUCUCCCUCCUUUACUUUUUCCUCAGCUUCUGAGAUGAGUUCAGCUUCUACUUUUAUGGUAGCAAACACAUUCUCAAAAGCCUGGAGGCUUGAAUCAUUGCCUUGUAUCAAUACAGUUCCAUUAUUGUAUAAGUUGACUGUUUGAUAUGUGUUGCUCUGGUCAGCUUCUUCAAAAAUGCUGAUCUGACAGCCUUGACUGAUGCUUCUCUUUUGGUAUUACAUUUUACAUUUGCUCUUGUUUUGCAACUGGUAAGAUCUGCAAACAGGCAUUCAUGGUUCUGUCCCAUCAUCUAACCUUUGAAACUUUUCUUAGUUUUCUCAAUUUGGAUGUCUGGUGGGUAAAUAAUUUCCAUAGCAAAGCUGGUGAUGUUGGCUACAAUGUUGCAAUAGAAGCCUACCUUUUCUUGUAUUAUUGUCUCUAGUGUCUUUAGAGAACUGUUUUACUUUCAUGUCCUUUGUCUUCUGUCCUUCUUUUGUCUUUCUAUUGUGCUGUUGACUAGCUAUAUUUUUGUUAGCUAGCUAGCUAGCUCCUUUUAGGAGAGUCCCUAGCAACUGCUUAGCAACUGGUAAACAAUCCAGCUGGCUAAGAUAACUGCAUCAUUUUAUAAAAAAAUAUAUACUUUUUCACAAGCAUAUCUUCUUCAUUUGUUGCUUGUUUUGUCUUCCAUUCAGUCUUCCAGUUUUCUUUUAGUUUUUUCCAAUGUACUUCACUCUAAAAACCAUGUAAAUUUCAAUAUUUGUAGGAGCUAAUCGUUUUCAGCAGCUGCUGCUAAAUUUGGAACUCUGGAACUUUGGAACUCUCUCUUUCUCUCUUUCUACUUGUUAUGAAAGGUUUGGGAAUCGCUUCCUUUUAGGUGGUUGUAGGCUCUUUUCUGGAUUUUGAUAAUUAGCAGUUAUCUGCCUAAUUCUGCUCUGCAUGCAUAAUUUGGUGUUUUACGUUGUAGACAGAGGAUAUUUUAGCAGAAUUCUGCAUGCAGAGUCUCAAUUUGGUGUUUGUCCCAUUGCCCAUAAAGGGCAAUGGGUUCUAUAACUGAUUCAAGUAUUUUUAGCCAGAUCCUAAUUGGUAUGUCGAAUAUUAUGUUCCUUUUGAUGGCAUCGAAGGCCCUUCUUGCCUUAUCUCAGAUCGUUCACAUCUUUGUGGAAGUUACCUGUGGCGCUGAUGUUUAGGCCUAGGUAUGUAUAGUUUUUUGUGUGCUCUAGGGCAACGGUGUCUAGAUGGAAUUUGUAUUUGUGGUCCUGGCAACUGGACCUUUUUUGGAACACCAAUAUUUUUGUUUUACUGAGAUUUACUGUCAGGGCCCAGGUCUGACAGAAUCUGUGCAGAAGAUCUAGGUGCUGCUGUAGGCCCUCCUUGGUUGGGGACAGAAGCACCAGAUCAUCCGCAAACAGUAGAUAUUUGACUUCAGAUUCUAGUAGGGUGAGGCCGGAUGCUGCAGACUGUUCUAGUGCCCUCGCCAAUUCGUUGAAAAAUAUGUUGAAGAGGGUUGGGCUCAAGCUACAUCCCUGUGUCACACCACGGCCCUGUGGAAAUAAAAUUGUGUGUUUUUUGCCCAUUUUAACCGCACACUGUCGUAUGUUUUUCCCCCAACACCGGUUUCCAUCAAUUUGUAUAGCAGACCCUCAUGCCAAAUUGAGUCAAAAGCUUUUUGGAAAUCAACAAAGCAUGAAAAGACUUUGCCUUUGUUUUGUUUUGUUUGUCAAUUAAGGUGUGCAGGGUGAAUACGUGGUCUGUCGUACGGUAAUUUGGUAAAAAGCCAAUUUGACCAUUUGCUCAGUACAUUGUUUUCACUGAGGAAAUGUACAAGUCUGCUGUUAAUGAUAAUGCAGAGGAUUUUCCCAAGGUUGCUGUUGACGCAUAUUCCACAGUAGUUAUUGGGGUCAAAUUUGUCUCCACUUUUGUGGAUUGGGGUGAUCAGUCCUUGGUUCCAAAUAUUGGGGAAGAUGCCAUAGCUGAGGAUGAUGUUACAAAGUUUAAGUAUAGCCAAUUGGAAUUUGUGGUCUGUAUAUUUUAUAAUUUAUUUUAGGAUACCAUCACCAACACUACAGGCCUUUUUGGGUUGGAGGGUUUGUAUUUUGUCCUGUAGUUCAUUAAAUGUAAUUGGAGAAUCCGGUGGGUUCUGGUAGUCAUUAAUAGUUGAUUUUAAGAUUUGUAUUUGAUCAUGUAUAUGUUUUUGCUGUUUGUUCUUUGUUAUAGGGCCAAAAAGAUUGGAUUAGUGGUUUACCCAUACACCUCCGUUUUGGAUAGAUAGCUCUUCAUGUUGUUGUUUGUUUAGUGUGUUGCUCUCUCCUCUCUCUCUCUCUCUCUCUCUCUCUCUCUCUCUCUCAAUUCAAGGGCUUUAUUGGCAUGGGAAACAUAGGUUAACAUUGCCAAAGCAAGUGAAGUAGAUAGUAAACAACAGUGAAAUAAACAAUAAAUAUUAACGGUAAACAUUGCACUCACAAAAGUUCCAAAAGAAUAAAGAAAUGUCAAAUGUAAUAUUAUGUCUAUAUACAUUGUUAUAAUGAUGUUCAAAUAGUUAAAGUACGAAUGGGAAAAUAAAUAAACAUAAAUAUGGGUUGGAUUUACAAUGGUGUUUGUUCUUCACUGGUUGCCCUUUUCAUGUGGCAACAGGUCACAAAUCUUGCUGCUGUGAUGGCACACUUUGGUUUUUCACCCAGUAGAUAAGGGAGUUUAUCAAAAUUGGGUUUGUUUUCGAAUUCUUUGUGGAUCUCUGUAAUCUGAGGGAAAUCAGUCUCUAAUAUGUGGUCCUCUGUAGCUCAGCUGGUAGAGCACGGCGCUUGUAACGCUAAGGUAGUGGGUUCGAUCCCCGGGACCACCCAUACACAAAAAAAAAAAUAUGCACGCAUGACUGUAAGUCGCUUUGGAUAAAAGCGUCUGCUAAAUGGCAUAUUAUUAUUAUUAUUAUUAUUAUUAAUAUGGUCAUACAUUUGGCAGGAGGUUAGGAAGUGCAGCUUCCACCUCAUUUUGUGGGCAGUGUGCACCUAGCCUGUCUUCUCUUGAGAGCCAGGUCUGCCUACGGCAGCCUUUCUCAAUAGCAAGGCUAUGCUCACUGAGUCUGUACAUAGUCAAAGCUUUCCUUAAGUUUGGGUCAGUCACAGUGGUCAGGUAUUCUGCCACUGUGUACUCUCUGUUUAGGGCCAAAUAGCAUUCCAGUUUGCGCUGUUUUUUUGUUAAUUCUUUCCAAUGUGUCAAGUAAUUAUCUUUUUGUUUUCUCUUGAUUUGGUUGGAUCUAAUUGUGUUGCUGUCCUGGGGCUCUGUUUGUGUUUGUGAACAGAGGACCAGCUUGCUUAGGGGACUCUUCUCCAGUUUCAUCUCUCUGUAGGUGAUGGCUUUGUUAUGGAAAGUUUGGGAAUCGCUUCCUUUUAGAUGGUUGUAGAAUUUAACAGCUCUUUUUGAUAAUUUGAUAAUUUGGAUAAUUAGCGGGUAUUGGCCUAAUUCUGCUCUGCAUGCAUUAUUUGGUGUUUUACGUUGUACACUGAGGAUGUUUUUGCAAAAUUCUGCAUGCAGUCUCAAUUUGGUGUUUGUCCCAUUUUGUGAAUUGUUGGUUAGUGAGCGGACCCCAGACAAUGGGUUCUAUAACUGAUUCAAGUAUUUUUAGCCAGAUCCUAAUUGGUACAGUGCGGAAAAAAAGUAUUUAGUCAGCCACCAAUUGUGCAAGUUCUCCCACUUAAAAAGAUGAGAGAGGCCUGUCAUUUUCAUCAUAGGUACACGUCAACUAUGACAGACAAAUUGAGGAAAAAAAAUCCAGAAAAUCACAUUGUAGGAUUUUUAAUGAAUUUAUUUGCAAAUUAUGGUGGAAAAUAAGUAUUUGGUCACCUACAAACAAGCAAGAUUUCUGGCUCUCACAGACCUGUAACUUCUUCUUUAAGAGGCUCCUCUGUCCUCCACUCGUUACCUGUAUUAAUGGCACCUGUUUGAACUUGUUAUCAGUAUAAAAGACACCUGUCCACAACCUCAAACAGUCACACUCCAAACUCCACUAUGGCCAAGACCAAAGAGCUGUCAAAGGACACCAGAAACAAAAUUGUAGACCUGCACCAGGCUGGGAAGACUGAAUCUGCAAUAGGUAAGCAGCUUGGUUUGAAGAAAUCAACUGUGGGAGCAAUUAUUAGGAAAUGGAAGACAUACAAGACCACUGAUAAUCUCCCUCGAUCUGGGACUCCACGCAAGAUCUCACCCCGUGGGGUCAAAAUGAUCACAAGAACUGUGAGCAAAAAUCCCAGAACCACACGGGGGACCUAGUGAAUGACCUGCAGAGAGCUGGGACCAAAGUAACAAAGCCUACCAUCAGUAACACACUACGCCGCCAGGGACUCAAAUCCUGCAGUGCCAGACAUGUCCCCCUGCUUAAGCCAGUACAUGUCCAGGCCCGUCUGAGGUUUGCUAGAGUGCAUUUGGAUGAUCCAGAAGAGGAUUGGGAGAAUGUCAUAUGGUCAGAUGAAACCAAAAUAGAACUUUUUGGUAAAAACUCAACUCGUCGUGUUUGGAGGACAAAGAAUGCUGAGUUGCAUCCAAAGAACACCAUACCUACUGUGAAGCAUGGGGGUGGAAACAUCAUGCUUUGGGGCUGUUUUUCUGCAAAGGGACCAGGACGACUGAUCCGUGUAAAGGAAAGAAUGAAUGGGGCCAUGUAUCGUGAGAUUUUGAGUGAAAACCUCCUUCCAUCAGCAAGGGCAUUGAAGAUGAAACGUGGCUGGGUCUUUCAGCAUGACAAUGAUCCCAAACACACCGCCCGGGCAACGAAGGAGUGGCUUUGUAAGAAGCAUUUUAAGGUCCUGGAGUGGCCUAGCCAGUCUCCAGAUCUCAACCCCAUAGAAAAUCUUUGGAGGGAGUUGAAAGUCUGUGUUGCCCAGCGACAGCCCCAAAACAUCACUGCUCUAGAGGAGAUCUGCAUGGAGGAAUGGGCCAAAAUACCAGCAACAGUGUGUGAAAACCUUGUGAAGACUUACAGAAAACGUUUGACCUGUGUCAUUGCCAACAAAGGGUAUAUAACAAAGUAUUGAGAAACUUUUGUUAUUGACCAAAUACUUAUUUUCCACCAUAAUUUGCAAAUACAUUUAUUAAAAAUCCUACAAUGUGAUUUUCUGGAGUUGAUGUGUACCUAUGAUGAAAAUUACAGGCCUCUCUCAUCUUUUUAAGUGGGAGAACUUGCACAAUUGGUGGCUGACUAAAUACUUUUUUUCCCCACUGUAUGUCGAAUUUUAUGUUCCUUUUGAUGGCAUAGAAUGCCCUUCUUGCCUUGUUUCUCAGAUGGUUCACAGCUUUGUGGAAGUUACCUGUGGCGCUGAUGUUUAGGCCGAGGUAUUGUUUUUUGUGUGCUCUAGGGCAACAGUGUCUAGAUGGAAUUUGUAUUUGUGGUCCUGGCAUCUGGACCUUUUCUCUCUUUCUCUCUCUCUCACUGUCUCUCUCUCUCUCUCUCACUGUAUCUGUAUUCACAUCUAGUCACUCACCUUUCUAAUUCUGUGUCCCCCCAACCCAAGUGGCCAUAACCCUCAAGUCCUAACCCACCUCACCCCCUCUCUCACACAGUAUACCCCACCUUGUCUAAACUCCUAACCUGUGUUGUUUGACGCAACCAUACCCAACAUAAGUUUGACUGAGUGAUCCCUCCUCCAGCCCCACACCCUUAAACACAUCCCUAUACUGUUUGUCUGGAUAAAUAAAAUGCUCUUUCUCCCUCCGAUGUAGAUACCCAAUACCCCCAAAUAUAUGAAUGGUAUAUUCCAACUCCUCCCACUUGUAAUUGACUUCCCCUGUGUGUGUGUUUGGUGUGUUCUAACCCUGUCUCCCCCCAUGUAGAGGGUCAGUUGGACCAUGCCGCUCUGCUGCAGGUUAUAAAGGAGCAGCAGGAGCAGCAGAAGAGGCUGUUGGACCAGCAGGAGAAACUACUGGCUGUCAUACAGGAACAGCACCAGGAGAUGCACCCCAAAAAGCCAGGUACACUCUCAUACAUGUUCUGUCUUUAUAUUGUGAUGUGUAUCUAAGUGCUGAGUAAUUGAACUGUUUGGUCAUUGAAAGGGGAAGUAAAGAACGAUGUGUUAAGACAGAUGGAGCUCCAGAGGCCGAUGCAGAGACGGGGGUCCAGGAGGAAGGGGGAGCAUCAAAGCCCAAAGACCCAGCUCAAGGUGGUCCUGCCCUGGCCUCAGACACCAAGGAUCCUGGGGAGCCUGCUGGAGCGCCACAGGCCGGACGGGCCGAGCCUCACAUCCAGGCCCAGAAUGAGGUCCUCCUUGUGGAGAAGAGUGCAGAGGAGCAGUUCUUCAAAGUGGUUCCCCCUGUUAUCCCCAAAGAAGAAGUACUCCAGGAGGUCCCUAAACUGCCGGUGUUGGCUGAGGCAGCAGUGGAGGCCCCUAAGGAGAGGGAGCUGGGGGCUAAGGUAGUACCGCUGGGUCAGAAGGUGACAGAGGGGGUGAAGGUAGAACCAGCCCAGCCCAAACACAAAAAGGAGCAGCCGCCACCUGCUAAAGCUGAGGACGGGGCAGUGGUAGUGGACAAGGAGAAAGAGAGGAUAGAGAAAGCGAGACUGGAGAAGGUGAGGAUUGAUAGAGAGGUGCAGGGGAGAGUGGAGAAGGAACGGUUGGAGAGGGAGAGGAGAGAAAAACUGUCGAGAGAGGAGGAGAUGGAACAAGCAAGAGUAGAGAAAGAGAGAAUGGAGAAAGAGAGGCUGGAAAAGGAGCAAGCGGAGAGGAAGAGAGCAGAGAAGGAGAGGAAGGUCGAAGAGCAGAGGGAGAAAUUGGCACAGCUGGAGAGAGCCAUCAAGGCCCUUGAGGAACAGGCUCUGGCUGCAGCUGGGCCAGGACCUGUCGAACCAGGAGUAGGAGCACUAGGGGCUGUGAAGAAGAGUGGACGGGACCUGAAGGAGAGGGCAGCCGUCCAGUCAGACUCCAGGGACGUUGUGGAAGAGAAGGCCCACAAAGCCCAGGUCCAGGAGAAGGCCAGGGACCAGGAAGACAUGGACCUGAGAAGGAGAAGGAGAGCCAUGGGGGUAGGAGGUGUUGGGGAGGCUGGGGGUUCCAGGAGGGGUGUGCCGGGUCUGGAGCCCUUCUUGGACAUGGGGGGGUGGGAUCUCCAUGCAGUGGUACACACACGCCAGAUUAAACAGACCUCUGAGCUUGAGAGAGAUGAGUAACUGGGACAGGGUAACUGUAUACACGCACAUGAAUACGGUAUAACAUACACUCACAUACAUUGGGUCGUACUGCGCACCCCCUAUACACACACACUCAUGUACAGUGGGUCGUUAUACACACGUUCAUAUUUUCACAACACACUCUUUCACUCCCACACACAGUCAUGUACCAUGGAUCACACUCUGCCUUACCACCUGUCUUCACAAUACCUGACCAGAACAGGAGUGUGUGAGGUGCAGUGAUGUGAUGGGGAACAUUCUGGCUGCGUUUACACAGGCGACCCAAUUCUGAUGUUUUUCCCAAUUAUUGGCAAAAGAUCUGAUUGGUCAAAAGACUAAUUAUUGGCUGAAGAUAGAUCAGAAUUGGGCUGCCUGUGUAAACAGCCACUGUGUCUUCAUUUGACCCUAGUCUGUGUUCUUCUACCAAAUACGAAUGCUUUCUUUAGCGUGCUCCUUCCAUGAUUCCAGAAGAAAUUGCAGAUAGAUAUAGUGAUAAUAAAGAUAUUGUAGCAAUGAUCGAAUAUAUUGUAGACUAUUCUAUAAUAAUAUGCUGUAUUAUGCUGCCAUAAAUCUAAAGCCUUUAUUGAAAAUAUAUUUGUAUGUAAAUAUUAACCUAUUUUUGUUUUUUAUUAAGGCGCUCAGUGCUAGACUGGAAUGUAUGUUAAGCUAUGCAAUACCACAUGCCCAGUUUCCUUUUUUCCUGUGUGUUUGAGAGAGCAAUGCACCAUCUAUCCUUCUAUCCAAUGACUGCAUUUGAGUCACUUUAAAUCCCUUGAUACUUCUAGGUGAUGUGAAGUUUUUGUUUUUGGCUCUGUAGAGAUGACCUGUGGUUGUUUUUGGCUCUGUAGAGAUGACCUGUGGUUGUUUUUGGCUCUGUAGAGAUGACCUGUGGUUGUUUUUGGCUCUGUAGAGAUGACCUGUGGUUGUUUUUGGCUCUGUAGAGAUGACCUGUGGUUGUUUUUGGCUCUGUAGAGAUGACCUGUGGUUGUUUUUGGCUCUGUAGAGAUGACCUGUGGUUGUUUUUGGCUCUGUAGAGAUGACCUGUGGUUGUUUUUGGCUCUGUAGAGAUGACCUGUGGUUGUUUUUGGCUCUGUAUAGAUGACCUGUGGUUGUUUUUGGCUCUGUAGAGAUGACCUGUGA